AUGAUGAUGGAGCAUCUCAGCGAGACGUGUCUGGGCAAGGAGAACGCCGAGCUGGUCAACAGCAUCGCCGAGGCCAAACCACCGCCGGCCAAGCUGCCCCGCAUGGAGCAGAACGGCAGCCCCCAGGGGCGGGCCAGGCUGGGCAGCACUGGCGCCAAACUGGCCGGGCUCCCUUACAAGCCCGCCAAUCACCUGCUGAAGACCUGCCACAAGCGAGGCAACAUGCUGCCCGUCUUCUGUGUGGUGGAGCACUACGAGAAUCCUCUGGAUUUUGACAGCAAGGAGGAACAUGCCGAGUUCGUGCUGGUGCGCAAGGACAUGCUCUUCAAUCAGCUGAUUGAGAUGGCAUUGCUAUCGCUAGGCUACUCGCACAGCUCGGCCGCCCAGGCCAAAGGUAUGAUUCAGGUGGGCAAGUGGAACCCCAUCCCCCUGUCAUAUGUGACGGAUGCGCCUGACGCCACGGUGGCCGACAUGCUGCAGGACGUCUACCACGUGGUCACGCUCAAGAUCCAGCUGCACAGUUGUCCUAAGCUGGAGGACCUGCCACCUGAGCAAUGGAGCCACUCUACAGUAAGAAACGCCCUCAAGGAGUUACUCAAAGACAUGAAUCAGAGCUCUCUGGCUAAAGAAUGCCCCUUAUCACAGAGUAUGAUUUCCUCCAUUGUCAACAGCACUUACUAUGCAAAUGUGUCGGCGGCAAAGUGUCAAGAAUUCGGGCGCUGGUAUAAACAUUUCAAGAAGACAAAGGAUAUGAUGGGCAUCCGCCAAUCUUCUCAGCUGGAGGGCUACCUGGGCACAUGUGUCCUACGCGAGAGCCCCCGUGCUAAUGCGCUAGCUGAAAUGGACGGCCUGUCUGACCUCUCCCCGCCCGGUUCCAACCACAACCACAAUCACAACCACCUGGGCUUCUCCCAGCAGCAGCAGCCCAUCCCGGGCAGCACCGCGGAGCAAACGCCCUCAUCGCCGGUGCCCCCGCUGUCCCACGCCCCGCCGCCUCCUCCGCAUGGAGGGGGCCAAGCAGGCGGGCGGCAGCAGCCACAGAUGCCCCCCGGCCUGCACCACCCGGGUUUGGUGUCCACACCAAUCAGCCCCCAGCUGGUCAACCAACAGCUGGUGAUGGCGCAGAUCCUCAACCAGCAGUACGCCGUCAACCGGCUGCUGGCGCAGCAGUCGCUGUCGCAGCAGUACCUCAACCACCCUCCCGUCAACCGCGGCUCGCAUGCUAAGCCACUGGAGCCCCAGGUUGGAUCCAACACCGAGGUGUCUUCCGAGAUAUACCAGUGGGUCCGCGAUGAACUCAAGCGGGCCGGCAUCUCGCAGGCUGUUUUCGCCCGAGUGGCCUUCAAUAGAACGCAGGGCUUGUUGUCAGAGAUCCUACGUAAAGAAGAGGACCCAAAAACGGCCUCGCAGUCGCUGCUAGUCAACCUGCGCGCCAUGCAGAACUUCCUGCAGCUUCCUGAGGCUGAGCGCGACCGCAUCUACCAGGAAGAGAGGGAGCGAAGCCUCACAGCCGCUUCUGCCAUGGGCGCUACCCCGCUCAUUAGCACGCCGCCCAGCCGACCGGUUCAGCCGCGGAGGGAAGACUGUAACAGCGUGCGCCCCGAAGACUGGAACCCUCGCAUUCCUGUGGGCCUUUCUCCUGUGAAGCCGUCGCCGCUGCCCAGCGAGUGGAACGGCAAAACGGAAAGCUGCAUCCUCAACAUCAACUCCAACAUCUACGACGAGAUUCAGCAAGAGAUGAAGAGGGCCAAAGUUUCCCAGGCGCUCUUUGCCAAAGUGGCUGCCUCCAAAAGCCAGGGUUGGCUGUGUGAGCUUCUGCGCUGGAAGGAGGACCCGUCUCCGGAGAACCGGACAUUGUGGGAGAACUUGUCCAUGAUCCGCCGCUUCCUCAGCUUGCCGCAGAUGGAGCGUGACGCCAUCUACGAGCAGGAGAGCAGCGCCGGACAGCAGCAUCACAACAACAACGACAGGCCCGCGCACUUCUCACACGUCACCGCUGACCACAUGCAGUCCCCGCACCAGCCGGCGCUGUCUCUGCAGCACCCGUCUCAACCCCUCCCGUCCCAACAGCCCCCGUCGGGGCCCCGCCUUCCACCCCGCCAACCCUCGACCGCCUCCCCUGCCGAGACGGAGGACGAAGCGGCGCGCGGCCUGCUCAAGUCGCGCACGGGCGGCGGCAAGAUCUCCCUGGAGGCGCUCGGCAUCCUGCAGAGCUUCCUCCAGGACGUGGGCCCCUACCCGGACGAGGAGGCCGUCCACACGCUCUCCGCCCAACUGGACCUCCCCAAACUCACCGUCAUCAAAUUCUUCCAGAACCAGCGCUUCUACGUCAACCGGCCGGUCAAAGCGCCGCCCAAGGAGACGCCCGACAACAACAGCAGUGGCGGCGGCAGCCCCGCAGGCCCCGACGAGGACCCCUCGGACCCCGCCGAGAAUCUCAAGGAGACGGACGAGAGCACGCAGACCGACAACAAUAACGUGUUGGUAGUCAAGACGGAGGAGCGGGCCAGAAGCGGCCCCACGCCCGUCGCCGACGACUGA